AUGACUAUUUUAAAGAUAUUUGGAAAAAGGCUGUAUGGGAAACAAUUUCCACGACUGUCAUCGAGUACUUUGAAUCAUGCUCGUUUUCUGGCAUCUCAUGAGAAGUUUGCGGAGAUUAGAAGUUUGGAUAAGAUCCGUAAUAUUGGAAUUUCAGCUCACAUAGAUUCAGGAAAAACAACGUUAACAGAACGGAUCUUAUUUUAUACUGGCAGAAUUGCAGAAAUGCAUGAGGUAAGAGGUAAAGAUAAUGUAGGAGCUGUAAUGGACAGUAUGGAGUUGGAGAGGCAAAGAGGCAUAACUAUUCAAUCGGCUGCUACUUACACGAUUUGGAAAAAUCAUAAUAUUAAUAUUAUUGAUACGCCUGGUCACGUUGACUUUACAGUUGAAGUUGAACGAGCGUUAAGAGUUUUGGAUGGUGCAGUUUUAGUUUUAUGUGCUGUUGGUGGUGUUCAGUCACAAACACUUACUGUCAACCGACAAAUGAAGCGUUAUAGUGUACCAUGUUUAGCAUUUAUUAAUAAACUUGAUCGCAUGGGAGCAAAUCCAAAAAAAAUUUUAGAUCAGAUGCGCAAGAAAAUGAAUCAUAAUGCGGCUUUUAUUCAACUUCCUAUUGGUUUAGAAUCAGAGUCAAAGGGAAUAGUUGAUUUAAUUACACAAAAAGCGAUUUACUUUGACGGAAAUUUUGGAGAAAUGUUGAGAGAAGAUGAAAUUCCUAAAAACAUGCAAGCUGAGGCCCAUGACAGACGUCAAGAACUCAUUGAACAUGUUAGCAAUGUUGAUGAGAAGUUGGGUGAAUUAUUUUUAAAUGAAAGCUCAAUAACAGAAGAUGAUAUAAAGAGUGCAAUCAGACGAUGUUGCUUAAAAAGGAGCUUUACUCCUGUAUUAGUUGGUACUGCUUUGAGAAAUAAAGGUGUUCAACCAUUAUUAGAUGCUGUCAUAGAUUACUUACCGCAUCCAGGAGAAGUUGUUAAUUAUGCAUUAAAACCAACUGAAGGACAAUCUGAACCUACAAAAGUUGUCCUCGACUCCGUUCGUAAUGGAAAUAAACCAUUUGUAGGAUUAGCCUUUAAAUUGGAACUUGGUAAAUUCGGACAAUUAACGUACUUCCGUUGUUAUCAAGGAAUGUUACAGAAAGGUGAAAGUAUUUACAACACUCGCAAUCAUAAAAAGGUCAGGAUAUCUCGAUUAGUACGUUUACAUUCAAGUCAAAUGGAGGAUGUUGAUUCAGUAUAUGCUGGAGAUAUUUUUGCGCUAUUUGGCAUUGACUGUGCAUCUGGUGACACAUUUACAAAUCAAGCAAAAUUAGAAAUAUCAAUGGAAUCAAUGCACGUUCCGGACCCUGUUAUUUCGAUGUCCAUUUCACCUAAGAAUCCAAAGGAUCGUGAUAAUUUUGCAAAAGGGAUAGCACGAUUUACUAAAGAAGAUCCAACAUUCCGUUUCUUUUGGGAUCCAGAUAAUAAAGAAAGUAUAGUUUCGGGUAUGGGAGAAUUACAUUUAGAAAUUUAUGCCCAGCGCUUGGAACGUGAAUAUAAUUGUCCGAUUACUCUUGGCAAACCAAAAGUUUCUUUCCGAGAAACGAUUGUAUCGCCAUGUGAAUAUGAUUAUCUUCAUAAGAGGCAAUCUGGAGGAGCGGGACAAUACGGAAGAGUUAUUGGAGUAGUUGAACCGUUACCUCCUGAUCAAAACACUCAAAUUGUGUUUCAAGAUGCAACCGUUGGUACAAAUGUUCCAAAACAAUUUGUUCCUGGAAUUGAAAAGGGAUUCAGAUUGAUGUGUGAGAAAGGUUCACUAACAGGACAUAAAGUUGCUGGCAUUAAAAUUAUACUGAAAGACGGUGCUCAUCAUAUAGUUGAUUCUUCGGAGUACGCUUUCCAAUUAGCAGGUCAAGGUGCGAUUCGACAAGUUUUUGAAAAUGGCGUUUGGCAACUUUUGGAACCCAUUAUGGCUGUUGAAAUUACGAUACCGAAUGAAUUUCAAGGCGUAAUUAUGGGUCAAAUAAGUAAACGUAAGGGUGUGAUUACUGGAACAGAGGGCAGUGAAGGGUGGGCAACUAUUUACGCCGAAGUACCUCUCAAUGAAAUGUUCGGCUAUUCUGGAGAGCUUAGAUCUUCAACUCAGGGUAAAGGUGAAUUUACGAUGGAGUACAGUCGCUACAGUCCAUGUUUACCUGAAAUUCAAGAUAAAUUAAUACGUGAGUAUCAAGAAUCAUUGUCACCGAACCAGCAGCAACAAAAGAAGAAAAAUUAG